AAACGUAGAAUAUUUCAAGGUUGCCAAGUUAAACUGCCGUCAAAGCCGCCCUAGUAAUUUACACCACGUUACGGUUAGUUUUUGUUAGCUGGAAAUGUUUUGAAUUUUUUUUUUUAAAUUCAUAUAAUACAAAAGCAUUGUUCAAAAAAAAUAGGUAGCUAAGGAUCAAAUAUGUAUAGUUAUUUUGUGUGAUGUUCAGCAAACGUUGGCAUCAUGGCAAACAAAUGCAUCUAUGGCUUUGUCAAACGCGAGAUAUACGUAAGAAAAUGAGAAUUAAUAAAUAAAAAUGUCCACAUAUUUAUAAUAUUAAUAAAUAUCGGGGUGGUUGGUGGUGAAAGUGUGAGUGCGCAGCCUUAUUCAACGUAUGCGGAAAAAGUGUUUAGUGUGUUUUGUUGAACCGGAAAAAUGAUGUCCAUCGGUCCAAAAAUGGACGGUGGUCCAAAUACAAAAUAUUUUGAAUCUCCUGAGACUCUAACUGCAUUAGAAGGAGUGAAACAGUGGCUUCAAAAAAACGCCAAAAAGUAUUUACAAAAUGAGCCAAUAACAAAUAAGACGAUAUCGUCAACAACAGUACAGUUUUUACAAUUUCAAGAGGACUUUUUGGGGAAAAAAGCUCAAAAGCCACCUAUGACUAGAAUACCUGUAAAGUAUUUUUUAGAUUUCAAGCCUGGUGGUGGUUUAUGCCAAAUGCUCCUUGUUGCAUACAGGUUCAAAAGUGAACAUGGAUGGAGGAGAUUUGAACUUCCCUCUGGAAAGAAUACUUCUAAACUGGAUAAAGUUUUAGAAAUGUUCCAAGCAAUGGAAAAAGUGCUUAUACAAAAUAAAUUGCAUAUACCUCCUGUUGUUUACAUACAGCCCAAUAUAGAUAAAGCCAUUUACCAGAAAAUUAAAGAUAUUGUUAGGAGGCGAAAUGGUCAAGUGGUAGAGACAGAGGAUAACUGUACUCAUAUACUCUAUAAUAGUGUAGAUGCCCCUGUUGAAGAGUAUGGAAGGCCUGUAAUUAAAAGGGAUAAAAUGGUAAUGAUGCAUUGGUAUUAUUUUCCGGAUUCAUUCGAUACAUGGGUUAAUUUAGAAUCUGUUGGGUUGGAUGGAAUGUCAGUUGAUGCAUCUAGCCCUCAUUCAAGUCCCUGGCGUGUGACCCACUCUUGGAUUUUCGAUACUGAUCAAUAUAAUGAGUGGAUGUCUGAAGAAGACUAUGAAGUAGAUGAAGCAGGACGUAAGAAAAUACAUCCUAGGUUAAUGUCAGUUGAAGAUUUGAUGAAUCCAUCAGAAGAGAGGAAUAAAAAGAAGAGGGAAAGUAAAAGAAAAAGGUCUCCUUCCCCACCAUCAAAAGUAGGCAAAAGGAAAAGCGGUAGAAGUCCCGCUGUUGGUAAAAAAUCUAGUAAAGAAGAAGAAAGUGAAGAUUUGACCAAGGAUAUGGAAGAUCCAACUCCAGAACCAAAUGUUGUUGAGGUGCCUUCAGCUACACCAACUCAACCUCCUGCAACAAAGAAAGAUCAUGAGUUGCAGCCACUCAAAGGUGGUUCCAUCACAGAAUUGGAGGAACCAGAAGAUAAAGCUGAAGAAAACUCCCAAACUGGUAAAACCAGUGAUAGUAACACCCAAGAUGAUGGGCAAGAAGAUAAUGUUACAGAGCAGACACAUCACAUUAUAAUUCCUUCUUACUCUGCAUGGUUUGACUACAACUCAAUUCAUGAAAUCGAAAAACGAGCAAUGCCAGAGUUCUUUAAUGGAAGGAAUAAGUCAAAAACACCAGAAAUUUAUCUGGCCUAUCGAAAUUUUAUGGUGGAUACCUAUCGUCUGAACCCCACUGAGUACAUCACAAGCACAGCUUGCCGUAGAAAUUUAGCUGGAGAUGUGUGUGCCAUAAUGAGGGUACAUGCCUUUUUGGAACAAUGGGGUUUGAUAAAUUAUCAAGUUGAUACAGAUUCAAGACCUUCUGCCAUGGGUCCUCCUCCUACAUCCCAUUUUCAUAUUCUGUCUGACACCCCUUCAGGUUUGCAACCAGUAAAUCCACCUAAAACGCCUCAGCCAAGUGCUGCAAAGACACUAUUGGACUUAGAUAAAACCCAAGAUAUCAAGAAACUCGAACCUGCAGAACCUUUAUCUACAUUUGGAUUAAAGCUGGAUCAGUAUUCAAAGAAACCUGCAGUGCUUCGUAACAAAAAUGCUGCAUCUUUGACGAGGGAUUGGACAGAACAGGAAACCUUACUUUUGUUAGAAGGUUUAGAAAUGUACAAGGACGAUUGGAAUAAGGUCUGUGAACACGUGGGGUCAAGAACACAGGAUGAAUGUAUACUUCACUUUCUCAGAUUGCCCAUAGAAGAUCCUUACUUAGAAGACCCAGAAGCUGGUGGUGCUUUGGGUCCUCUGGCAUAUCAACCAAUUCCCUUCAGCAAAGCCGGUAAUCCAAUCAUGUCUACUGUUGCAUUUCUGGCUUCCAUAGUAGAUCCAAGGGUUGCAGCGGCGGCUGCCAAAUCGGCAAUGAAUGAAUUUGCUAGUAUUAAAGACGAAGUACCUGCCGCUGUAAUGGAUGCGCAUUUAAAGAACGUAGAAGCAUCAUCCGCUGAAGGAAAAUACGAUCCAGCUGCGAAUUUAGCGUUAACGGGCAUAGCAGGUACCGCUCCUGAAAAAGAAGAGGAAGACAAGGUUAAGAAGGAAGAGAAAGAUGAUGAGAAAUCGACUGAAGAGCCAAAACGUAAUGGAGAUGAGCAGGAGGACAAAGAAAAGGUAAAAUCUGAACCAGAAGUUGAAAAGGAAGAGAAAAUGGAUACCAGUGAAGUAAAAUCGGAGAAAGUUGUCAAAGAUAGUGAAAUGCAGAGCGCAGCUGCAGCUGCUUUGGCGGCAGCCGCGGUUAAAGCUAAACAUCUCGCGGCAGUGGAGGAAAGGAAGAUCAAGUCUCUCGUUGCUCUGUUGGUCGAAACACAAAUGAAGAAGCUCGAAAUUAAAUUACGUCACUUUGAGGAAUUAGAAACUACUAUGGAGAGGGAGCGCGAAGGGUUGGAGUAUCAAAGGCAGCAGCUGAUAACUGAACGUCAGCAAUUUCACUUAGAGCAACUGAAGGCCGCAGAGUUUAGAGCACGACAACAAGCUCAUCAAAGAUUACAGGCGGAGCAGGGGCAGUGGCCGGCCCAACAACCUGCAAUGUCUGGUCAUAGCGCUCCUUCUAGCGAUACUGGCCCAAGCACCACACCCACACCUCCUUCACCGCAAGCGUCUGCCGUUGCGUCACCGCAAGCACCACCGCACCAUCACAUCUGAGUUAUUCACCCCUUUUCUCUUUUGAUUACUUUUUUGCAUUAUCCAUCCUUAGCAAGUUAUUAUUCAAUAUCCAAUUUACCAUGCCAUAGUAUAUAAUUUCACUUUUUUACAUAUAUAAAUUUCCAUGUAAUUUGCAAUAUAAAAUAUUGUGAUGCAGGUUAUCAAAUGAAAAUUCUACUAUUGACAUUUAAUUUUAAAUUUUUGAGUUUCUGGAGCAAUUUGUUCUUUAAUUUUUUUUACAUCUUGGUUUGUAAAUAAGUUAUUGUUUAAUAUUUAAUUUAGAACGCCAUAGUAGGUACCCCAAGCAGUGCUGAUUUUUUUGGUAAGGUUAGGUAAAAUGCAGAGAAGUGGGAUAUUUGGUAUCCAAGAAUUAUCAAUUUCGUUUGCCUAUGACAGAAUGAUUAAUUAUUAAGUGAAAUAUUUUGCUUAUUUGUAUUACUUUUUUAUCUAUUUUUUAUUUUCAGGAGCAAGUAGACCAAUUUGUCCCCAUUUUUUUGGUUAGUUGGUUAAUUGCAGCCAUAACGCGAUAGUAACAUUUCACUUAUUUACACAUGUCCAAUUUUUAAUUAUGAGAUAACCUAAAAUGCAAAGGGACUGCAUAAGUGGUAUAAAAAGCUAUCGAUUUUGUACGUGAAUUAGGUUGUGGGUGCAGCGAUUGUUUACUUUUUUUCAUACCAUUUUUAUAUUUUCCUACAAUAGCAGAAUAUGCCAUACAGGCGACGUGUAUUUUGUAAGUCUACAUUUAGUCCUAGUAUAUACCAUAUCGAAUUUAUUAUUUUGGCAUUGAAUUUUUUACGUUUAGAUUGAGGAAACUCAUUGAAAAUAAAUUUGGCAUUUAUGCAUUAUAUUUAAAAUCUAGACUUAGUCUUAGUCUGUAACAUAGCGACAACUAAUUUGGGGAGUGAUUUUUUUACAUCUAUGUAUUUGGGGAAAUUUUGGGAAUAUAAUUGUACAAAUUCAAUUUUAUUAUGGAACAUUGUGGUACUUGAUUAAUAAAACAUUUUUUGG